GGACACGUGAACAGAAGGAGAAGAAAGAUAAUACCCGUUAAAAAAAAGAAGAAGAAGAGAGUAGCAACGCCGGCACUCCCGCCGCUUCCGCCGCCACCAUCACCCUUACCACAACCACCACAGCAACUGCUCAACUCCUGCUAACCGACACUCCCUGCCUCCUGCUUUCCCCCUUCGUCCCCCGAGUUUAACCACGCCCGCGUGCUGCCGUCUCCACCAACCUUCUCCUAACCACUGCGUGACCCGCUUGGAGCGCGCCCUCCGCUUAGAGGGCCAGGUUAACAACCAUGCCUAGAGACGACCUCUCUAUAGACUUCGUGAAGAAGAUGGCGCCGUCGGUCGAGGCGCAAGAUCCCGCCAUCAUCCUCGAGGAAUUCAUCCAUCGCACCGCCAACCUGCCCGAAGAGAUCCGCUUCAUCCAGGAUGAGAUCGCCGACAAGGACCGCUCCUACGCCGAAUGCAUCAAGACCAUCGACGAGUGCGACACCAAGAUCCAGCGCUUCAUUCGUCAGCACGGCAGCCACCACCACAACCCCCGCGAGCAGACCCUGCGCGACACCAUCCGCGAAACCUACGCGCGCGCCGACAAGCUGAGCGAAGAGAAGAUAGCCCUCGCCCAGAAAUCGAAGGCCCUGUACGAUAAGCACCUGCGAUAUCUCGACCUUCAGAUCAAGCAGCUUAGCGACCGCGGCGAGCCCGGCUUCACCGACCCCGACGAGAUACCGUCUCUCGUCCGGCCCAGCGCCGCGAACAGCGACGGCAACCUUCGCCUGACCGUCUCGACGUCCCACACCCCGCUCAACCCCAUCACCAAUAACGCGACCCCCGUCGGCCCGAGGGUCUCCAUCCCCCAGAUCCGAACUACCCAGUCGCAGGCCCACGCCUCGAGCUCGACGCCCACCUCCCCCGCCGCGAGCAUCAUCCUGAACAGCCGCAACCAACGCGAGACCUCGGCCGGACCGGGCAGCGGCGCCCCUAAGAGGGGCCCGCGGGUGAAUUCUAGCCUAGGUGGCCUGCCGGGGACGUCGAGCGGGCUCGCCCGCCACUCCUCCCUGGGGCCGGGCACUCCCAAGGCCGGAACGCCGGGAGCCACGGGGCGGGCGGGCAGCGCCGGUCCCAGGGUGACGACGAAGGCAAGCAGCGCUAUCGCCGGCGGGCGCAAGACUACACCCUCGGCCGCCGGCGUCGGCCGCAAGAAGCCGCCGGGCCCCAAGUCGACGCUGUCCCGCGUUAAGCGCGCGGGCGUGUCGAAGGGGUCGCCGGCGUCGACGGCCGACAGCGAGCUCUCCGAGGCCGAGUCAGUGCGCUCGUCGCGGGGCAAGCACUCGCGCGCAAGCAGCAGCGCGGGUACCCCGGUGCCGGGGCGCGGGCACAAGCACUCGCACUCGCAGCUGCACGCCCAGUCGGUCACCGCAGCCGCAGCCGCCGUAGCGGCCUCGGGCACGCCGUCGGGCGCGGGGGCGGUCGACGCGGACGGCGACACGGCGAUGGCGGACCGCCGCGGGACUGGCGGAACCGGUGGCGGCGAGGGCUCCGGCGCAGGUCCCAGAGCGGCGGCGGCAGCAGCAGCGGCGGCGGUGGCGGGCGCGGGGGCUCGACGCAAGUCGGAGGACAGCGGCAACGAAGAGAACGAGGAGGACGGGAUAGACGAGGAGGAGGACGAGGAGGACGAGGGCGAGGGCGAGGAGAACGAGGAGGACGAGGAGGGCAAGAAGUACUGCCUGUGCCAGCAUAUAUCGUACGGCGAUAUGGUGGCCUGCGACAACCCGGCCUGCCCAUUCGAGUGGUUCCACUGGACCUGCGUCGGACUCAAGUCGGAGCCCGAGGGCCGGUGGUACUGCCCCUCGUGCACCGACGCGAUGAAGAAGAAGGGCAAGUAGGCGUGGGCACAGGCGGGACGCGGCCGUCGUCGUCGUCUUGUCGCGGUAGAAGGGCGGCGGGAGGGAGGGAUC